CUUCAGUCCUCCACACGCUCUGCUGAAGCAGAGGCCCACAUUCAUCAUGCUGACUCCUAUUCUUCUUUUAUGUGCCCUGGUGGCAGGAGAAGAGAGCUCUCCAGAUCUCUCAUGGGGCAAGGGCUGUCCCACAACCUGUACCUGCCACGUAGGGCACUUACGUGAUCUGCCUAUUAAGCAAUGGCUGGAGAGAGAAGAAGUUCAAGAACAAAAACCACCUACUUCAGUAACAAAUGAGGCCUUCUAUGAGGAUGAUGGUAAUCGAACUGAGUCUGCUCUGCAUAGUGAAAGAGGAAUUCUUCUGAAGAUUGCAGUGUGCAUAUUUCAGACUAGUUCUGACCCACAGAAAGUACUAAAUAAACUUCCUAACGAUAUUCAAGCACUAACAUUACUUCAAAGCCGAGGAUCUGAAGAUAUUACCCUUGAAGCUGAUCAUAUGAAGAAAUUUCAGCAUCUAGUGUACUUCCACAUACAAGGUUACUCUCCAGACACACAGAAGGAUGGAUCUGGUGAUCACAUGACAGAUCACAAUUUUAUGUUAUCUAAUGAUGUGAUGAAGCCAUUGAUAUCAUUACAAUAUUUAAGUCUUCAACAUGUUAAACUUCUGGGGAGUAGUCUAAAAAGUAAUGAGAUUGAUCAUGAAGGACACUCCUCUCCACAACUGGAUCCUCAUCAAAAUGAAAUUUCUCUGAAUUUACAACCAGAUAUAGCAGAUAGAAUGAGAAAACAUUUUAAAACUCCCUUAUCCAAUCUCGUGGUACUAAAAUCGACUAGUACAGAACAAGAAUUAAUGCCAUAUCAAAUCUACAAAGAACAACAAGAAAGAGCGCGUCUCUCCAUAUUUGCAAGAUUAUCUAAUCUGGUUCUACUAAGAGUCAUUGACUGUGGUUUACACGAGGUGUAUUGGGAAAUGUUCGAAGGCCUAGGUAAACUUGAACAUUUGUCACUUGAAAAAAAUCAGCUUCUUUUCCUACCUGAAUUUGCAUUUUAUGGGGCACCUAGUUUAAAAACACUUUCUUUAGCUCAUAAUAGACUUCUCAACAUCCAUAGUACAGGACUUGCAGGAUUACUUGAAUUACAGAAAUUGGAUCUAUCCUACAACAAUUUUUCUCAUUUAUCAGAAUUUUCACUUCCACCAUUUCCAAAACUAAAAGAAGCAUAUUUCUGGCACAAUCCAAUAGAAGCAGUAUUUGGAAGUACAUUUGAAAUAAUGAAUGCCACAAGAGUUCUUUACUUGGGCAGUAAUAAUUCAUCUCUUACAUUACACCCAAAAUCAUUCCAGGGUCUUCAUCAACUUCAGAAACUAGUUCUUUAUAAUGUAGGCAUUGAAGUUUUAGAGAAGGAGAUAUUAAGUGGGAUGCCCCAACUGAGAUAUUUAAAACUCUCAGGAACUAUUGUAACCAUUUCAUUUGAUGCCUUUCUUGACUCACCACUUUUGGAAACUCUCGAGUUACAGCACUGCAACAUCAAAUCAGUGUCCAUGGAUUCAUUUUACGGCCUAUAUCGAUUAACAAUUCUUGACCUUUCAAACAAUUUGCUUGAAGCUCUCCCACCAGGAUUAUUUGAUCAACAAUCAUCACUGAGAGAACUUUAUUUACAAAAUAAUUCACUAUCAGAACUUCCUGAUGGGUUUUUCACAAGUGUCUCAGCUAAAAUGAUUCGCCUGGAAGGAAAUUUAUGGCAUUGCUCAUGUAAUAUGAAAGGGUGGUUACCAUCUGCAACAAAUCGGGUAAAAGAAGUGAAAUCUGAAAGACGUAUCUGUGAAAAUGACAAAGGUAUUGGGUGCCCAGUUACUGUUCAAGGAGUUUUGUACGUCUAUGACAAGAAAGUUGCUCCCAGAUGUGUAACGCCUUCUGAAUUCAAUGGAUGGAGUAUCUACUAUGUUUUACGUAAAGAACUAAGAUGCUCGAAACCUGAGGUCAGAAAAUUUAAUCGACAGGCACAUCUCAGGAGAAAAUAUAAAGAGUACGAAAAAAGUAUUACACAAAAUAAAAAGCAGGUAAUUUCCAAUGCACAGAUAAGUGAAACAAACUUCACAUUUUUGGAAAACACAAACAUGAUGAACAGUUUCAUUAAUCUUGAAAAUAACACACUUCUGAACAAACCUCCACAGCAGCCAUCACAAGCAGUCCAGCAAAGCCACAAAACAGAAAUUUUGAAAUCAAAUCAUUCAACAUUGACUACUUCUCCCAAUACACCAGAAAUUUACAAUGAACCUAAUAAAAGUAAUACUCAAUCAAUCAAGAAUACUGUAGGAGAAACAAUAGAAAAUCUUGUACCUCUUAUUCCUCCAGUACCAAAGCAAACAAGUUCUCAGCAUUUUAAAUCAAGAAUACAACCAAAAGAGGAUAUACUUUCAAAUGAUAAGGCAGCUCACAUUGAAAAGAAAGUAGUCAAGAAACCAGUGGAACAAUCCAACCUCCUGAAAAUACAAUUACAUGAAGAAACCCAAAAUGCAAGAUUCUUGAAAAAAUUAAGGAAAACUGAAUUGCAGAGGAAACAUCAGGAGAAAUUGAAAAAUCAAGCCUGAAAAUGAGUUGUACAGAAGAAAUCGCUUUUUGAAAUUCUUUGAUCAUUAUACUCACCAGAAGUAUGAAGAGUGUAUUUUUAAUCAUGAAUUGAAGACUUAUUAUUUUUCAUAAGAUAGUAAUUUAUUGUGCAAUAUUUUAUAAUAAUUUCCCCUAUUGUUUUCUUAACUAAUUAAACAAUAAACAUGAUGAAAGAAGAUAUAAGAAAAUCCAAUAUUGAUCACAAUGGUAGAAAUCAACACAUUUUAAAAACAGUUGAAGAUGAAAACAAUCUUUAGGCUUGAAAUGUUGAAAGAAAAAGAAAAAUAAAAAAUUCAGAAAAUGUGUAUUGCAGAUGUAUAAAUUGAACUUUUUAAAUUAUUCGAGAAAAAUGCUUUUUUUAACUAGAAAAACAAUGAAAACAAAAUCUAAUCAGUAUUUUGUAUUUUGGUAUUUCAUUACAACAUGAAUUCUUAUGUAAAAAGGAAAUUAAAAUUGUAGACAAUAUUGACCCUUUCUCAAUUUUGUCAGGUUAAUAAAAUAUGAUAAAGAUUGGCUAAACACAAUCAAUAAUAUCGAAAAUUACAUCAGAAUUUUUGCCUAUGUAAUUAAUUCAACAUUGUUCAAAAUGUCUGCACUUCUUGCUACAUUUUUUUAUUAACGAGUUUUUAAAGCAGUAGCUAGUUUUCUUUUCUUUUUAUUUACUCUCAUAAAUUGGCACCGAAAUAAUGAAAUUUUUAUAUAUUUUUCUAGGACACUGAGAUUCAGUUUAUUUGUACGGUCUUCACCAGGGCUCAGAUUCUGAUGACCUAAAAAUACUUUGACCUAUAAUAUGACUUAAAAAUAACAGGAAUUACCUAAGUUUUUAAAAAAUACUCAAAAAUUUGUAUGAAAAUGUCUAUUUAUUCAAUGAAUUUAACAAUAUUAAAUAAAAUUUAUUUAUAUGAAAUUAUAUUUAAUAUAAAGUAUUUAUUUUAGGAAAUAAUGUA